UUUCCGAUGGCAGACUGACAGAUGAAGAAUUGGUACGGGCGUGUGGGGGCCGAACUGGGCACAAAGGUGCCCGUCACGGCGUUACCAUGAGUGCCAAACUCGUCCGGUUGGCAGAGCAGGAGCGCCAGUUCCUGGCAGGGUGCAGUCAGAGGCAGCGGGAGGAGGUGCCCCCGAGGGGGGAGGGCGCGGGGGGCGGCACGGUGAAGCAGAAGAAGAGGAAGAGGAGGGAGCGUGAGCUGGAGCACCGGCCGGCAGCGGUGGGGACAGGAGGAGGCCAGAGUGAUGGGGGUGCCCCUGCCGAGGGGGCACCGGGAGGCACAGCAGAGCCGUCAGGUCCUACCGGGGUGGACGGAGACAGUGGCCAUGCACGGACGAGGAGGAGGAGGAGGAGGAGGAGGAAGAAGAGGAGGAGGGGCGGAGGAGAGCAGUCGCCUCUCGGCUGAUGGCUGCUCUCGGCUCUGGGACCUGACGCAUUUCCCCCCACCCCACCUGCCGGCUACACAGGAAUGGGUGUCCCCGGGCAGACAGCACCCCUCCUCGUGGAUGUGACACUCGCUCUGAGCUCAAACUGUGAGCAGUCUCCCACCUGAGGCGCGAGAAAGAAGGGAACCGCUGAGAAUACACUGGCGUAGUGACACAGUGCAUUCCUCUAGCGCCUGUCCACCGGCUGAGAGCCUCCUGAAAGUCCUUCCACACUGAUAAAGUACCUUUUUUUUCUUAAAAAAAAUAAACAAACAAUCUCUUGUUUUUGUUUGGAAA